AUGGCCCAGCUGGCGCAGGUCGUCGCCCAGCAGGUCGCCGUUACUACUGCCCAGACUGCAGCCCAGGCUCAGCGAGAGGCAGAAGAGAAUAAUAGGAGAGCAGAGGAGGAAGCUCGGAGAGCUCAGCGAGGCGAGAGGGAAUUGGCUCAAGAUCAGAUUCGCAUGAGAACAGAUUUCAACCGGCACGCACCGCCCAAGUUCCAGGGCGAAGCUGAACCCGAAAAGGCUGAUCUAUGGGUUCAGGAGAUGGAGAAGAUCUUUGAGGCACUCCAUACCCCGGGUGCCGAGAAGGUCAACUUGGCCACUUUUAUGCUGAAGGGUGAUGCUGAGUACUGGUGGCGUAGUGCCAGACAGCUGAUGACGGCCAACCAUGAGGCCAUCACUUGGGAGUCUUUCAGAAAGGCUUUCAUGGAUAAGUACUUCCCGGAAACAGCAAGGGAAGAAAUGGAGAACAGGUUCCUCAGCUUGAGGCAAGGACCUACCUCUGUGGGAGAGUACGCUGCACGUUUGGAAGCCCUAUCCAAACACUUUCGAUUCUUCCAGAACCAGGUGGAUGAGGCUUACCUAUGCAACAGGUUCAUGCGAGGGUUGAGGAAAGAAAUUGAGAAGGCUGUGAGGCCUUUGGGAAUCAGGGUCUACCAACAGCUAGUGGAGAAGGCCCGUGAAGUCGAGGCUAUGGAAAACAGGCAGAGAGGCCGCCCAGAGAACGGAGGAUCAGUACGCCCGGGACAGAAUCAAUCGGGGAGAUACAGUGGGCAGAGAUCAGUGGGGAAGUUUGACAAAGGCAAGGCGCCAAUGAGAAAGCCGUACCAGCGCCCAGCCGCUCAAGGACCAAAUGCUGUGAGGGGAGCAGCCCCUGUUUCAAAAGAGGACGUGACCUGCUACAAGUGUAAUGAGAAGGGACACUAUGCCAACGAGUGUGGCAAGGAGAUUGUAUGCUGGCGAUGCCGAAAGCCAGGUCAUGUGGAGAGGAAUUGCCCGAGUGCGGCCAAGACCGAGCCAGUGCUGAAUACUACCAGAGGGAGACGACCAUCUGCUCCAGGUCGUGUCUUUGCUAUUUCAGGAGAACAGGCUGCUAUUACUGAUGACCUUAUCCAGGGUACGUGUCUUAUUGCUGGAACAUCACUAAUGGUUUUAUUUGAUUCGGGUGCUACGCACUCAUUCAUUGCUGAGGAUUGUGUGAAGAAGUUAGGGCAACCGACUGCUGACCUACCUUUCGAUCUGGUGGUGACAACCCCUGCCGCUGAUCGAUUAGUUACACGCACGGCAUGCUUACAAUGUCUGUUGGUUUACGAGGAUCGGAAGUUCCUUGCGAACCUCGUCUGUUUAGGGCUCAGGGAGCUGGAUGUGAUUUUGGGAAUGGAUUGGUUAGCGCAAUAUCGCGUGCUCUUAGAUUGUGCUAACAAGGCGGUAGUAUUCCCAGAUCCCGGCGUUACGAAUUACUUAAAUUCGUACAACCUGGGGAAGGGUUCAACGGCGUAUGUGAACUCUAUCGUUGCCGAAGCAAAACAUGAUGGUGAUGUGCGCAAUAUCUUGGUGGUACAGGAGUAUGUCGAUGUGUUUCCCGAAGAUGUACCCGGUUUGCCACCAGUCAGAGAGACGGAGUUCUCUAUUGACAUUGUGCCCGGUACUGGACCAAUAUCAAUGGCACCUUAUCGUAUGGCCACAACGGAGUUGGCAGUGUAA